AUGGAUUUCAUUUUCACAUGGCUCAUAACAUUCGUUUUGGGAUUUUGGAUAUUUAAAAAAAUAAGCCAGUGGAAGGGACUACCACCAGGCCCUUGGGGCUUACCAAUCGUUGGCUAUUUGCCAUUUUUAGAUAGAGACCAACCGCAUUUGACAUUAACAAAUCUGUCCAAGCAGUUUGGUCCAAUAUAUGGUAUAUCAAUGGGCAAUGUGUAUACUGUUGUACUUUCUGAUCAUAAACUAGUCAGAGAAGCUUUCGCAAAAGAAGUAUUUUCUGGACGGGCCCCAUUAUAUCUGACACAUGGAAUAAUGAAAGGAAAUGGUAUCAUCUGUGCUGAGGGAAUACUUUGGAAAGACCAGCGUAAAUUAAUAACGUCAUGGCUAAAAAGUUCUGGAAUGAGUAAGCAUAGCGUGGCUCGUGAUAAAUUGGAGGAACGUAUUACUGCUGGUGUCACCGAGCUAUUAAGAGACAUAAAAGGAGAAUCGGGAGCAACUAUUAAUUUAACUAAUUUGAUCACAAAUUCAUUGGGAAAUGUUGUUAAUGAUGUUAUUUUUGGCUUUAAAUUUCCACAAGAAGAUAAAACAUGGCAAUGGUUUAGAAAAAUUCAAGAAGAAGGAUGUCAUGAAAUGGGUGUAGCAGGCGUUGUAAAUUUUCUGCCAUUCAUACGAUUUAUAUUCCCGUCUAUUCAAAACACUAUGGAAGUAUUAAUUCGCGGACAAGCUCAAACUCAUCGAUUGUAUGCUAGUAUUAUAGCUAAACGUCGAAAAAUGCUUGGCUUAGAGAUUCCGAAAAAUGCAGAAUUUGCAGAACAUUCUGAAAUUUUUAAUGAACAUCCCGAAGGGUUUAUAAAAUGUAUCAAAUAUAGUAAACAUACAUCUUCUGCAGAAGUUCAUUAUUUUGAUCCAAAUGUCCUUAUUCCUUCGGAAGAAGAAUGUAUAUUAGAUAAUUUUUUACAAGAACAAAAGAGAAGAUAUGACAAUGGUGAAGAAUAUUCUUAUUUUAUGAGGGAUGAACAGAUGCAUUAUCUUUUGGCGGAUAUGUUUGGUGCGGGUCUAGAUACAACCGCGGCAACACUUUCAUGGUAUUUAUUAUAUAUAGCUUUAUUCCAAGAAGAGCAGGAAAAAGUAAGAAAAGAAAUUUUAUCUGUUUAUCCUGAGGAAUGUCAGAUUGAACAUACAAAACUGCCUUACCUUAUGGCUACGAUUUGUGAAGCACAACGUAUACGUUCAAUUGUUCCAGUAGGCAUUCCUCAUGGAUGCUUACACGAUACAUAUCUAGGAAAUUAUAGAAUUCCAAAAGGUACAAUGGUCGUGCCUCUACAGUGGGCAAUUCAUAUGGAUCCUAACGUAUGGGAAGAUCCUGAAGACUUUAAGCCAACUAGAUUCCUUGAUGAACAUGGAAAUUUGUUAAAACCUCAAGAAUUUAUACCAUUUCAAACUGGAAAACGCAUGUGUCCUGGAGAUGAACUUUCUCGUAUGCUAUCCGCCGGACUAAUAGUGCGUCUAUUGCGAUCGUUUCGAGUGCGCCUUGUUUCCGAUCCUCCCACGACUAAAGAAAUGCAAGGAAAGGUCGGUGUGACUUUAUCAGCCCCAGACGUUUUGUUUAUUUGUGAAAGCCUA